UCUGCUGCCCCUGCUGCACCAAAUGGGAGCUCCAACCCCAGUCAACCAUCCCCAGAGGGUAACAGUGCAACGACUACGGAGAACCGCCCAAACUCAGCUAGCCCACACCGCAACCUCAACAGCUCCAGCGGCUUCCACCUCGAAGAAUCCCCCUCCAUCGGGAACCGUCCUAAGUUGCCACCUUCGUCUACACGGUCACCUACCCGGCGAAAUGCUCCCCGUGAUCUUUGUGCUACCCAGUCCACGUCCUGUGCCAACCCUGUGCACAGCCCUCAUCCCCAAACGCCCGGAGUAGCCCCAAACAGAAGCUCACCGUGUUCACCUGGCAGCGCGGACGUCACCGUUCGGACUGACACCCCUAUCGCCGCCACGACUCCCUCGGUCCGGACACGCCAGCCUAAGAAGCAACGACGUGCGACACGGAGGUACAACACAAGGAGCUCUCACUGACUAUGUGCGGACAAUGUAAACUCUACAACGUUCCUUAGGGCACUCAGUGGCUGGGUGAAAGCAUUUGCUUGGUCGUCAGCACAAAGGUCUUCCUCUGGCGCAUUUCGUGUUUCGUGCUCCGAACUGAAAAUGCGUGAGUGUUUCGCUCCUGGCUGCAAGAACAAUUCGGCAUGGAAUUCCGAUGUCUCGUUCCACAAAUUUCCACAAGACGGAAGGAGAAGCUUGAGGAUUGCAGCGAUCGGUUAUAGCUCCGAUUGGGUGCCACCAUCGAGAGCAACGAUUUGCUCCGAUCAUUUUGCCCCUGAAUGCUACGGAAGCAAUGCGGAACUAGAAGCGCAAUUUGGAGUCUCCAGACGAAGGUAUCUCAACCGAGAUGCUGUGCCGACGAUAUCUGCAGCUGCAAAUUGCGGAGGCAGGAAAAGGCAGCGCAUGGAGACGCAAGCUGAAGGUGGGGGUGAAGCUGGAAUGCCUCCUUUGCAGAAAGAAAGUGACGUUCAGACCACAACAGGCACCCUGGCACCGAUGGAAAAUUUGCCAUCCACAUCUGAAAUUCGUCCUCCUGUACUUCACUCUGGAGAGUACUGCCACCACUGUGGUCAGCUGCUCCCUCCAAGUUUGUCUACUUUGCCUUACAAGCCAGUGACACCUGCAGCUGGCACUUCAGAUGUUUCAAUUGCUAGUGAAUCAGAUCCUGAGGAUGCCACAGAUCCCUCACACAUUCUACGAUCAUCAACUCCCGUUGUGGAGGAUGCAGUGCCUAUCAGUGAAUGCUUCAUUGAAGAAGUGCUGGAAAGUGCUGAACACCCAUUACAAGUCAUGGAAGAAAGGGAGUCGCUCUGGGAUGAUGAACCCUCAUCUUCUGAUGAAAAUUCAGAGGGUGAUGAAUGUGUGGACCCCAAUGAUGAAUCGUAUCGUCCUGAACUGUGCAGCGAAGGCGAUUGCGAUGUCAGUAUACUGGAGGAGCCGCAAGUGGGCACUGCACAAGAGCCCAAGUAUAUUGUGUUCGAAUCGUGCCUCAUGCAGCUUUUCCAGCGGUGCCCGCAGUGUCUGAGACCAGACUGCAAUGUGCAACUCUUCUGCGUUAGGACAAUGGUAAAGGCCACCAUCAUCUGUCCCAAAUCGCACAUAACAAAAUGGUCUAGUCAGCCAACACACCACGGGAAGCCACUGGGGAACAUCUUACUGUGCAGCACCAUACUGUUUUCUGGAAGCAGCCCAACGCAGACACUGCGGCUACGCAGCUUCCUUGGUGUCCAGACAGUAAAGGCCACACAGUACUUCAAGUUCCAGAGGCUCUACAUGUUUCCUGCUGUCACUGAGGUGUGGAACAAUGAGCGGCAACUGCUGUUGCAGCAGCUGAAGGACAAAGAACUGUGCCUUGCUGGAGAUGGCCGUGCGGACUCACCAGGCCACUCAGCAGAUUUCGGCACAUAUUCCCUGAUGGAGACCGGAAUAAACCGCAUCAUCCAUAUGGAGCUGGUGAAGUCUACUGAAGUGUCCUCCAGCAACAAAAUGGAGAAGGAGGGACUGGAGCGGGCAUUAAAUGCACUUGCAGAUGAAGGCAUGAAGGUGAAGACCUUGAUCACCGACAGGCACACGGAAAUCAAGGCCUUCAUGAAGACGUCACACCCAGACGUGCAGCACCGUUUCGAUGUGUGGCAUGUAGCAAAAGGUAUCCGAAAGAAGAUCAUUGCUGCAUCUCACUCAAAGCAGCACCAAGUUCUUCAAAAGUGGUCAUCAAUCAUAAUCAAUCACCUGUACUGGUGUGCACGAACGAGUGAUGACGAUGGCGAGCUAGUUCUGGCAAAGUGGCAGACUAUCCUCCGCCAUGUCAUUGACAUUCAUGAACACCCAGGCAGCCUACAUGAAAGGUGCGCACACGGGGACAUUGGUGAAAGGCUUUGGCUGCACGAAGGAACAGAGACUUUCAAAAGGUUGGAGAAAGUUAUUGCAUCUCCCUACCUUCUCAAAGACGUCCCAAAGCUUUCACCACAUAAGCAAACAUUUGGACUGGAGGCCUUCCACUCGGUCAUCAUCCACUUUGCGCCAAAGGCAUCGAAGUUCUCGAUUGAUGGCAUGUGUACUCGGCUCAGAGGAGGCGUGCAGAACUUGCGUGUGGUCGACGCUUCCGUGAUGCCAAACGUGGUUUCUGGAAAUACUAUGGCCGCAGUGUACAUGAUCGCAGCAAAGGGAGCACAUAUGGUACUCGAAGACAACGGCUACUGUACCACCGCGCAAAACGAUUAUGACCACCGUCAGCGCCUUUCAUGAAUGAUGUGUACAGCAAUGCUGGAUCGUCGGCCUCUCCACCAUGAGGCUACUCAAUUGAUUUUCUUGGUCGCUAAAAUGUUGGUGCAGUAUUGACUAACAAUAAUAUUUGCACUAUGUACUAACAAUAUAAUACAGAUAAUUACCGAGAAUAUAGUUGUUUGCCAUUUGUUACAUGUAAAUCUACUUGCAGUUAUGAUCACUGUGGCUUUUUGCUUUUUAUUUGAAUUACA